AGAUAUGAAACAGUGACGGACUUAUUGCAAAGAUGGAGUGUCAGUCAUGCGCUGCAUAACACGGCUCAAUCUCAAAUCUGAGAGUUAACGACGUUAACGAGAAAAGUCGUGAGUACCUGUAAGCCGUGUCGACAAUGAGCAUAAGUUAGACAGCAGACGAGAUCGAUGAUCCAGUAAAUAAGGAUCAUUUGAAAACGUCGAAUGCUGGGCUCAGCGUUGAGUGCAUUCAUCGCAUCACGCUAUAUUCAGUGUCAGUGUUAGCUCUGCCGUGCAUUUCGUUACACGUAUAGGUUAUCUGAACUUUUUUAAAAUGCCUUGUUGGUAUUAUGAAAAAAAAGAGUUGAAAAAUACUCCAUCGGUUCAGGAUGGACUCGACUUUGAAACAGAAAAUAGAUACAGAAAAGAAGGUGCAAGAUUUAUCAUUGAAGUUGGUACGAAAAUGGACCUCGGUUAUAAUACUAUGGCAACUGGUGUAGUGUAUUUUCAUAGGUUCUAUAUGUUCCACUCUUUCAAAACGUUUCCACGAUAUGUUACAGCAUGCUGUUGCCUCUUCUUAGCUGGUAAAGUAGAAGAAACUCCAAAAAAAUGUAAAGAUAUCAUCAAAACAGCAAAAUCUCUGCUUGAUGAUCAAAAAUUCAUGACUUUUGGUGAUGAUCCAAAAGAAGAAGUAAUGACAUUAGAAAGGAUCCUCCUUCAAACAAUCAAAUUUGAUCUUCAAGUGGAACAUCCUUAUAGUUACUUAUUGAAGUAUGCCAAAUGUCUGAAAGGAGAUAAAGGUAAACUUCAAAAAAUGGUUCAAAUGGCAUGGACAUUUGUGAAUGACAGUUUAUGUACCACUUUAUCGCUCCAAUGGGAGCCUGAAGUUAUAGCUGUAGCACUUAUGUACCUAGCUGGUAAACUUAGUAAAUUUGACGUUGUUGACUGGAGUGGCAGACAACCAAAGCAUUGUAGAUGGUGGGAUAUGUUCGUUGAAGAUGUUACUAUGGAUUUAUUAGAGGACAUUUGUCAUCAAGUACUAGAUUUAUACUCACAAUCUAACAGUGUACCAAAAGCAGAUUCUCCUCCAGUGACGCAGUCUACCGAACAUCCAAGAGAAAGAAGCACACCUCAAUCAGUAAAAAUGGAACCUUCUCAUAUCCCACUUAAUGUUGCACCUGUAGUAAAGAUACCAAAAACUGAACCUGCCUUAAUUACUGGCAAUGGAUGUCAAACAGUUGAUGUAGCUGAUAGCUCGAAACAAAUUGAACCUCCAACUCAUUAUCCACCGUAUGCUGCAUUUCCUCCAGCAAAUUCUGCAUUUCCACCAGUUUUUCCACCUGCAAACAUAAAUGUACCGCCACCACCUGUGAAUGCUUUAAAUCAUAUAGUUCCACAAAUGCAUAUGAAUAUGGGAGGAGCAAUUCGACCUCCAAUUAAUCCAGGUCCUCCAGCAUCUUUUCAUCCGCCGUACCCUUACCCACCAAAUUCAAACUAUUUUCCAGGAGGUGGAGCCGCUCCGCCAUCGAAUCCACCUAGAAUGUAUUACCCAUCUUAAAGUAAAUAUAAGCUAAGUUAAUGUUAGAAAAAAAUGGAUCAUUGGGUGAUUUUUUGUCAUUUUCAAUGGAACUACAACUUUAUGAAAAUGUGAAUAUCAAAACUUGUAUAAUAUGAACAAUUUUACUUCACUUUUUACAAAAAGAAAAAAAAAACAAUUUGUGAAGUGUGAUUAGUAACCAAAUCGAAAAUUCUUGAUUUAAUUAGGAAAGAAUGUAGUGAAUAAGAAGUACAAUAAAUUCAAAACAUUUUUCCAACUGGCUUUAGUAUGUCCUUGAAAUGACAAAAAAUAUUUGCCUAAUUAUUUAGAUUGUAAAUUACUGUAUAAAGAUUACAUGUUUUUCAAUAAUGUGUGAAAAAUACAAAACACUCUUCAGUUGGAUUCCUUAGAAUUACUGAUAUUAGUGUUGCAUAAAGAUCAGUAAAAUUUAAGGUUAAUUUUAUUUAGAUAAAAUAAUGUCCCCUUGAAAAUCUGUGCUGACUUCAAAAAAACUUAGAUCUAUGUUACAAUUUAUAUUUUAAUAUUAAAAAACCAGUACAUUGUUUA